GACAGUUGAGUGCAGGUUAUAGACGCAUUUUACGUCGAAAUAAGUUUGAUUAAAUGGAAAUCAGUAUAAAAUUCAUCAUCGCUUAAAUAUUUUCUUUGUAAAAAAUUACAACUAAUCGAUUAGUUAAAGAGGAAAGUAGAGAUUUUGAUUGUGCAAAGGAAAUAGUUCGUAAAUUUUUUGUGGAUGUCGAUUAUCUUUACUUUCACGUGAGGUUUUUUUAUCGCAGUGUUUAGUACAGAAUUCAGCGAAAGAGAGCAUUAAGGAUUUGUUUUCAAUUUGCAUAGCUUUGUUAAAUGUUUACCUUGCCACCUACCGGAGGUGUUUUAUGCUCGUGUCCUGAUAAAGUGUUAAAUCAAUAUUGUAAUUGGGUAUCUAUGUGCUGCUGUCAAAUGAGUGUGCAUUACAAGUGUACAUGCUGACCCAUGAACUCUUGAUGGAUACAAAUUGCUUUUACAGUGUUUGGAAUUAUUUUGAAGAUUUAUAAUAUUCAUACACAAUGGGCAAGUUUGGCAGCAAGAAAUGCCGGCUGCUGUCCAUGCUGUGGUUGACGGGGACAUUCUUCUUUGUGGAGCUUAUCGUGGGAUAUGUGACAAACUCAAUGGCACUUGUAGCAGAUUCAUUUCAUAUGUUGAGUGAUGUUGCCGCACUUGUUAUUGCAUUCUUGUCUAUUAAAAUGUCACCAAAGAAAUGGUCAAAGAAUACAUUUGGAUGGGCUCGCGCGGAGGUGCUUGGUGCGCUAGUGAAUGCUGUUUUCCUGGUUGCUCUGUGCUUCAGCAUCACGGUGGAAGCGAUGCAAAGAUUCAUCAAGAUAGAGAUCAUACACGAUGCGAAACUUCUAGUUGCUGUUGGAGUGAUGGGCCUGAUACUGAAUAUUGUUGGAUUGUUCUUAUUCCAUGAGCACGGUAGCAGUCACGGGCACACGCACGGCGGCGUGCCUCCGCCAUCCAACGUGCGCCAUCUCACGGAGAUAGUGAACAGCAACGCUGACAUGGCGUUGGGCCACACCGCCGCCGGCGCCGGCGCUGAGGAGACAGACGAGAUGGUGCCGCCGGGCGCCAAGCUGGCCAGCAAGCCAGCAGGCCGCGGCCCUAGCGACCCCGGACAUCUUAACAUGAAAGGCGUCUUCCUCCAUGUUCUAUCUGAUGCAUUGGGCUCCAUAAUAGUGGUGGGCUCAGCACUGGUUGUGUGGCUGACGGAGUGGCCCUACAAAUAUUACAUCGACCCCGCGCUCAGUAUAGUUCUAGUCAUCUUGAUACUUGCUUCAGUUUGGCCACUGUUAAGGGAAUCUGCACUAAUUCUGCUGCAGACCGUACCUACACAUAUACAGGUGGACGCGAUACAGCGCCGCUUGUUGGAGAAAGUGGAUGGAGUUUUGGCGGUACACGAGUUCCAUGUUUGGCAGUUGGCUGGUGAUAGGAUUAUAGCCAGUGCUCAUAUAAGAUGUAGGAAUCUAUCUGAAUAUAUGAAGAUAGCUGAGAAGGUGAAGGAAUUCUUCCACAACGAGGGCAUUCACUCCACGACCAUACAGCCGGAGUUCAUUGAGCUGCCGCUAGAUGGCACUGAGAUGGUGAGCGGAGUGUCAGCGGCGGACCCCUGCGCGCUGCACUGCCCCCCUAACGACCUCUGCCACAACGCCACGUGCUGCGGACCUAACCAGCAGGAGCGCAGUACGCCGUCGCCCGCAGUGACGCCCUACCUGUGUCGUCAGCGGACUAUGGGCUCGCGCGCGGAGUCCGCGACCUCCGUGGGCCCCGCACAGGCAGCCAGGAAUCUAGACGCCCUGGAAUGUGGGUACGUAUCCGACUUGAAGGACCAUUUCAUUCGUCUAUACUAG